GUGGUUUUCCAUAAUAUUUUUUCCAAAACCUGAACCCAAAACGUGGGAAAGAAAGCCUACUAUGGGAAAAAGUUAACUAUAUAGUUGUCUUCCUCCCGGCGGGAUAUACAUGUAGCAAGUUUUUCGGGGAAGCUACUAUGAGGGAAAAGCGGCUAUCAAACACUGGGAUACUGUAACAGUUAUACUUUAAAGCGUUAUAACCCUCCGCAGAAUAUAAUCACCAGCAGUUGACUGUAGCCAUACAAAGACUGAAGCAGAAGGCUGUAAAUAAUGACACGUCAACAACAGUCAAUUUCUGCAGGGUCUGCAUCCGGAUGUUUAAAUGGCACACUGCAAACAUUUUAGUAGAGAGUGAAAGCUAAAUGGAAUAGAUCGUGGAUUUAGAUGUAGGAAUCUUCACUGACCUGAUCUGUAAGUGUAAUUCCGAGUCAAUGGAUCCUUGUGGAUUGUGGUAAGCUAUCGGACCCACUGCUGGAGUCCUACUAUUCAUGGCGAAAAAAAGGAAAACUCGCAAGAAGAAAGCUUGCUGUAAUGAUUUUUUCGUUGUAUUUGUUUUCCUUCUCUCUAUGGCUUUUCUCAGUGUUGUGUGUUACUUCAAGACUAUUUCAUUUAUACAAUCCAAAACGCGUUACUACCAGUUGGACAAGCCUCCGUUAACGAAGGAUGAAAUCCUCAAACAGUAUGAUUUCACUCAGUCUCACACCUUCCACCCCGUAAUACAUUACAUCCUCCAUCCAAAGCCUCUUUGUGAACACUUUGACCUUGAUUCCACUCCUAGUCGUGUGUUGAUCUGUGUGAAAUCGUUGCCUGGGAAUUUCCACCUGCGGGAGUGGGUAAGGUGGAACAUUAAAUCAAAUAGGGAAUUUAGCGGAAAUUUUACGCUUGUUUUUCUUAUUGGUCAGCCUUUAAACUCUUCUACGAAUGAGCUAAUUGGAGAAGAGAGCAACUUCUACGGUGAUUUAGUUCAGGGAAACUUCACAGACACUGCAUUUAACACUACAUACAAGACGAUCAUGGGUUUUCAAUGGGCAAUCAAGAAUUGUCACCAAGCUCAAUACAUCGUCUUCCUAGAUGAACGAUUCAAAAUCAACUUAACGAGUACUUUAACGUUUUUGAGAAAUGAAAGCACGCCAAAAUCCCUCUAUAUGGGACAUUUAGUAAAAAGGGAAAAGACGAAUCGAGUUAAAGAAAACAUCCGAUACAUUCCGAAAGAAGAAUACCCUCUUAGGUACCUACCUCCGUUUGUGUCCGGUAAUGCCUUUAUAGUCAGUAUUGACGUAGCUAAAACGCUGGCAUAUCAUUUUGAUUCCGUGAAAAUGAUUCUUCUAGAUGAAGUAUUCCUGGGCCUUGUUGCCAUGUUUAGUGACGUCAUCUUUAUGCAUUCAGAUCUUGUGACGUUAGAAAACUGUGGCGGUUUCAAAGGAAAAUUAGCCUGCAACAUGUUCUUAUCUGUUGAUGACGCACUACACGCCUGGAUGGAGUUUACAAACAGUAAUGUGCGUAUAUAGUAUUAUAAACUCUGUGAUUUGUUGAUAUGUAUCUAUGAUCAUUGAUGUCAUGCAGACGACUUUUUUCUUUGCAUACAUACCCCCCCCCCCCCCCCUUAGCUUUGUUUCACACAUUUUAUGUUUUUGCGUAAGUUGUUAUAUGAACCAGAAAGAAUGGAGAAGGAAAAGGGAAAAGUCUUCCUAUCGACCUGUUUAAGUAAUCUUAGAAGUCUGAAACAAUUACAUUUAUAAUUUUUUUACCUUUUUGUCAAUAAAGUUUUGGGUUUUAUGUCGAUUGUAUUGACGCAUUAGUGUUAUAAUCGGUCACAUACUUAUAAAUUUGUUGUUGUUGUUUUUUUAAGACAAAAACGCUUCGUGUAUUUUCACGUAUUGGUGAUUUAGUGACAAUGAAGAGAAUUGUCAAAUUGGGUAGAUAGAACUGUAGAACGCCUAUAUUACAACCGUUGAUAAACUCUUUAAUUAAGGAAUAAGGAAUCAUUCUUUUAGUAUCAUGAUGUGAUAAUUUUGGUCGGGCGUGUUUAAAUCCAAUAAAGCCCGAAGG